CUCUCCCAAUCCCUACUGGCGCCAAGGCCCUCGACAUUUCAAAAUCGAGCUCCGCCCAUGGCCAAGAGCCCCAAGGCGACCACCAGCCGGCGGCCCACCAGAAAACCGCGGGCCUCCCCCGCUGCCGUGCCCCCCUCGGCGGACAUCGAGGACCUGGCGCCGUCGGGUGUCCUGGCGGGGCCCACCUCGGCGGCGCCCGCGCUGCGCUCGGGGUUGCUCCGGUGGUACGACGCGCACCGGCGCGACCUUCCGUGGCGAUUCUCCGCGGCGCCGGGGCGCGAGGGCAGGGAGAAGAGGGCGUAUGCGGUGUGGGUGUCGGAGGUGAUGCUGCAGCAGACGAGGGUGCCCGUCGUCAUCGAUUACUACUCCCGGUGGAUGGCGCGGUGGCCCACCGUGGAGACCCUCGCCGCCGCCACUCAGGAGGAGGUGAAUGAGAUGUGGGCCGGUCUUGGGUACUACCGGAGGGCACGCUUUCUUCUGGAGGGAGCAAACCAGAUUGUGGAAAAGGGGGAAUUCCCUAGCACAGCAUCAACACUUCGUCAGGUUCGCGGCAUCGGGGAUUACACAGCAGGCGCCAUUGCCUCCAUAGCCUUCAAUGAGGUCACCCCACUUGUGGAUGGAAAUGUUGUACGUGUUAUCAGCAGACUUUUUGCUAUUGCUGAUAACCCAAAAGAAUCAUCAACAGUAAAGAGAUUCUGGGAGCUCGCUGGUCAACUGGUCGAUCCAUCAAGGCCAGGAGACUUCAACCAAGCAAUGAUGGAACUAGGAGCAACAUUGUGCAGCAAGACUAAGCCUGAUUGCUCCCAGUGCCCUGUCUCUGGCCACUGCCAAGCGCUUGCGCUUUCCCAUGAAAAUCCGUUGGUCGGAGUUACAGACUACCCACGGGUGGUUCCGAAAGCUAAACCGCGUCGUGAUUUCGCUGCUGUUUGUGUUGUUCAAAUUGCACAAGGCUUGGAGCAAGAGACGGCAGCCGGCAAAUGUAAUUCCUUUCUCUUGAUAAAGAGGCCAGAAGAGGGCCUGCUUGCAGGGCUCUGGGAGUUCCCAUCGGUUCUUGUUGACGAACGUAAGACCGACCCGCUCAACAGGAGAAAAGAGAUGGAUAGGUAUUUGAAGCAGUUGGUUGACAUAGAUGUUGAACAGGAAUCCAAUCUGGUCCUCAGGGAGGAUGUUGGUCAGCAUGUUCACAUUUUCUCCCACAUUCGCUUGACGAUGCAUGUGGAGCUGAUGGUUCUCAAGAUCAAAGGUGAUGUGGGUCAAGUAUGCAACAAGGGACAAGGUAGCACGAAACUGAAACUUGUCGAUGAAAGUUCAAUCGAUUCCAUGGGCUUGACAUCGGGAAUUCGGAAGGUUUACAAUAUGGUGAAGGCUUUCAAGGAGAAAAAACUAUUGGAGCAAAGCCAAAUGCCCACGAGGAAAAGGAGCAGACGGCAAAAGCAGUAACAUAAGCGGUUAUAUUACUUAGUAAAUAAAAACGGAGGGAGUACUUUGUUGUCUGGCUUCGAAAAAUGUGCUCCAACUGAAACACCACGAAUCAACAGUUGACUUCUGUAGGAUUGAGUCUCGAGACAGACAGUACCAUUCCGGCAGCUCAGACCGUACCAUUUCGGCAGCUCAGACCGUGCCGUCUAGCCCGGACCAGCACAAGGUUUGCACAGAUCUUGAUUCCGAAUCGGACUGUGCCAAUGUUGACUGAGAGUUCUUUUUCUGAAAAGUACUCACU